AUGAAGAUUUUCAAUAUCAUUACAGUCACUAUGCUUUUCUUUCAGGCGCCAGUAAUUUUGGCUGCCGAAGAAGAGGCUGAAGACCGACAACACUUUCAGCAUCCAGACGAAGAAGAUGUGCCAGAGAUUGAUAUUACCGCACAUCCAACAGACAUGCCUUCGGAGGUCCCCACAACUUUCCCCACACCCGCUCCAAGCACCGUUCCUUCAGCCAAUCCCUCACAAUCGCCGUCUGCCUAUCCAUCUUCGUCCCCAUCUGCGAAACCAUCCUCUACGCCAUCAAACGCCCCAUCAUCAUCACCAUCUUUUGCGCCAUCAAAUGAACCAUCAACGAAACCUUCUAUUGCGGCCUCCUUUGCUCCAUCAGACAUGCCCUCACAAAUGCCCUCGUAUAUUCCAACCUCUUCACCAUCGGCAUCUCCAUCAGAUAAUCCAUCGUUCGUCCCAUCAGACAUGCCAUCGACAGUCCCUUCCGUUGUUCCUACAAAGGCCGAUUGUGAAUCCAAUGAUGGAAGCUUCGGCGAAUUUCCAAAUGAAGAUGCCAUCGUAAAAUAUUCCUAUGAGGUAGAACUUAUUUCCAUCUUGGAUGCAGAUGCCGUUGAAUCUGAUGUUCUUCCUUUGUUGGAAAAUGGAAUUGUCAAUAGUAUCCUUCCUUCUCUUUUCGCAGAUUCUUGCGGUCACUCCCUUACCACUAGAAAUCUGCGCGUUCAAAGACGUCUCUCGGAAGUGAAGGGAAUCAGCAAGUAUCCAGAGGACUUGGUCUACGAUGAUGUGGCUUGUGCCAGUGUUGAAGACGGAAACUCCUGCUUUGUUGUCAGUGGAGAAUUGACAAUUUUUGCCGACGACGAAGAUACAUUGGACACCGAAACGGAAAAUGUCAAGAAGGCAAUCGAGAAUGAAAUGACUGCCGGAAACUUGAACGAUGCUCAAGAAGAUAUUGUGCGAGUGUCCUACGUUGACAUCGAUCCUACUUUGAACAACAUUGAAGACACACCGCCUGGCUUGAACGAUGAUGAUGGCAAAAUCCUCACAAUUUCACCGGUUCCAUUUAUUAUUGGUGGAGCUGUUCUACUCGCUGUCUUGGUUGGUAUUGCUUACCGACAACACAAGAAGAAUUCCGGUCCUGACAUGGAUGAAUCGCAAAUUGGCGGAUCACAGGUUCCAGGCAAUACCGAAACGGAUCUGUAA